AUGGAUUUUUGGGCUGUUAAGGAGCUAACCCUUGAUGCUAAAUUAGCAGGAGAAAAAUGCCUAUUGCAGAUUAAUGAGCUUGAUGAACUACGAUUGAAUGCCUAUGAUAGUUCGCGUCUCUACAAAGAGCUCCCUAAGAGAUGGCAUGAUAAGAAACUUUUGAGAAGGGAGUUCUCUAUUGGUGGUAAGGUUUUAUUGUACAACUCAAGACUAAAACUUUUUCCUGAUGAAAAAUUCAAAGUUAAUGGCCAACGCUUGAAGUUGUACCAUAUAAGAGUCCCUGUUGGAUCUAUGGAGGAAUUAUACCUUCAACCCCCAUCCUCUGCAGCUUGA